GUAGGUCUUCAAGCCCCGCCUCUUUCCCCGCCCAGCGCGCUGAUUGGCAUCCGGCGGCGCCGGUCCGCACAUGGGCGCGGGGCUGGGCGGACUCCGGUUCGAGGCUCAGCGGCUGCGCUCCGUUAGCUCCCCGGUAUCUCCUCCCGCCAUGGCUCGGCGGAGCGCGCUCUCCAUCCGCAUCGUGGAGGGCAGGAACCUGCCCGCUAAGGACAUCACAGGCAGCAGCGACCCGUACUGCAUUGUGAAGAUCGACGAUGAGGCCAUCAUCAGGACUGCCACAGUGUGGAAGACGCUGUCCCCAUUCUGGGGGGAGGAGUACGAGGUGCAUCUCCAGCCCACCUUCCACAGCGUCUCCAUCUACGUUAUGGAUGAGGAUGCGCUCAGCCGCGAUGACGUUAUCGGGAAGGUCUACAUCACCCGGGACAUGCUGGUGGAGCACCCCGAGGGCUACAGCGGCUGGGUGAGCCUCAGCGAGGUGGACCCCGAUGAGGAGGUGCAGGGGGAGAUCCAUCUGCGGGUGGAGGUCCAGGGGAGCCAGGGCGGCCGGCGGCUGCUGCGUUGCACCGUGCUGGAAGCCAGGGAUUUGGCCAGGAAGGACCGCAAUGGUGCCUCCGACCCCUUUGUCCGCCUGCGCUACAACGGGAAGGCACAGGAGAGUGCUGUGGUCAAGAAAUCCUGCUACCCCCGCUGGAACGAGACCUUCGAGUUCGAGCUGGCCGAGCCCACCGAGGAGAAGCUGUGCGUGGAGGUCUGGGACUGGGACCUUGUUGGCAGGAACGAUUUCCUGGGCAAGGUGGUGUUCAGCGUCCAGGGGCUGGAGGCGACUGGGCAGGAGGAGGGCUGGUUCAGGCUGCGGCCAGACAAGUCCAAGCCGAGGGCGGAUGAGCUCUCCCUGGCUCUUGAGUCACCUUUUGCUUGGCGAAGCACUUCAUCCAUCCAUUCAUUCAUGCACCCACCCCGUGCUCCUGCAGGCGCCGAGGCAGCCUGGGCUCGCUGCAGCUGCAGGACGGCCAGGUUCACCUGGUCACCCUCCUGGAUGAAACCACCACAGCCGAGUGCCGGCAGGAGGUCGCCGUCAACUUGGUCAAACUCUUCCUGGGCCAAGGGCUGGUCAAGGAGUACCUGGACUUACUCUUUGAGCUGGAGCUGGCCAAGCCCUGUGAGCCCAACACUUUGUUCCGGAGCAACUCCCUGGCCUCUAAAUCGAUGGAGUCAUUCCUCAAGGUGCUGUGCUGACCAAAACCUGCUCUUACAAGGUCACCCUGACUCUGGGCUGUCCCCAACGGGGCUGGUUGCCCAGGGGGAGCGCUGGUGGGGCUUCAUCUUCCCCUGGGGCUGGGGGGUUGGAGAAAAUCCUUUGUCAAGGAGUCUGGGGGUGUUUGGUGCCAAACCUGUGGCUGUGUCCCCUGUCACGGUCCCUCGGCAGGUGACAGGGAUGCCGUACCUGCAUGCCGUCCUGGGACCCACCAUCACGCGUGUGUUUGAGGAGAAGAAGUACGUGGAGCUGGACCCCGGCAAGGUGGAGAUCAAAGAUGUUGGGUGCUCAGGGCUGCACCGGGUGCAGACAGAGGGUGAGGUGAUUGAGCAGGGCCGGCAGCACCUCCAGUCCUACUUGGGCGAGCUACUGGACGCCAUCGGCAGAUCAGCCCCAGCAUGUCCGCUCAUCAUCCGCGCCGUGUUCCGGCAGCUCUUCCACCGCGUCGGGGAGCGCUUCCCCCAGCACCAGCACACUAAGUUCGUGGCUGUCACCAGCUUCCUCUGCCUCCGGUUUUUCUCGCCAGCCAUCAUGACCCCCAAGCUCUUCCACCUGCGGGAGACACACGCCGACGCACGUACCAGCCGCACGCUGCUGCUGCUGGCCAAGGCCGUCCAGCUGGUGGGCAACAUGGAGCCGGCGGCAGGACGGGCCAAGGAGACCUGGCUGGCCCCGCUGCUGCCCGCCCUGCAGCAGGGCAUCGCCCUCAUGAAGGACUUCAUCACCCGGCUGGUGGGCACGGAGCGAGAGGAGGAGGAGGAAGGUGAGGGGCAGCCACCAGGCCCCCCCACCAUGGUGGUGAAGGAGGGGCUGCUCUUUGUCCACAAGACGCGGGGCAAGGGGCCAGUGCUGGCCACUACUGCCAAGAAGCUGCACUUCUGCCUCAGCGGGGACACCCUCAGCUUCAGCAAGAGCCCCAGUGCAGAGCGUAGCGGUGCCAUCGCCCUGGGUGACAUCCUGGCCGCCGAGAAGGUGGAGGAGAAGAGCUUUGGGAGCGCCCAUGUCAUGCAGGUGGUCUAUGUCGAUUCGGGCGGGCAGCAGGAGACGGCGUACCUCCAGUGCAAGUGCGUCAAUGAGCUGAACCAGUGGCUGUCGGCGCUGCGCAAGGUGUGCGUCAACAACCCCCGUGUGCUUCGCACCUACCACCCCGGCGUGUUCCGUGGGGAUAAGUGGAGCUGCUGCCACCAGAGAGAAAGGACAGGACCGGGCUGUGACCGGACCCACCACGGUGUCACGCUGCAGGAAUGGAGUGACCCCCUGGACCCCGCCACGGAGGCCCAGCGCCUCUUCCACCACCUCCUCGGCCUCCGGGGCACCCUCAGAGAAAAGUACUGGGAGCUGCUGGAACCCGAAGAUGCCCAAAAUGGCCCCAGGGGUGAAGGUGCCCCCCUGCCCGAGGGGCUGAGCCGGCUCUUGGGCGUGCUGGGGGACCUGGAGAAAUGUCACCACCUGGCGCAACCUCCGGCCCCCCCAGCCCCUGCCCUGCUGCAGCUGCAGACAUGAGGGGCCCAGUGUCCCUCUGGGGGCUCAGGGUCCUCAUGUCUUGGGGACCGCAGUGGUGGCAAUAAAAGCACUUUGUAUCCUG